UCCGACUGACAUCACCUCAACUACCACCACUGAGGACUCCACCUCGUCUACUUACUCGAGCUCUUCCAUAGAAACCUCUUCAACGUACACCAGCUCUUCUCCAGGCUACUCCUCAUCCAGCUCCUCUUUGGAGCCCACCAUUUCUUCUACUUUCCCAAGCUCCUCUAUGGAUUCAACCACAUCCUCCUUCCAAUCGACCACUUCUCCAACUGAUUCCUCUUUGGAUUCAACUACUUCGCUUAGCUCCAGCACCAGUGAGGAAGCCACCAUGUCUUCAAUCUACUCCAGCUUUUCCACAGACUCUCCAACUUACUUUACCACAACAUCCUUGGAUUCCACCACUUCUCCAACUUACCUCCCCUCAACUACCACCACUGACGAUUCCACCUCCUCUACUUACUCAAGCUCUCCCACAGAAACCUCUUCAACUUACACCAGCUCCUCUCUGGAGCCCACCAUUUCUUCUACUUUUCCAAGCUCCUCCAUGGAUUCAACCUUCCAGUCGACCACCUCUCCAACUGAUUCCUCUGUGGAUUCAACUACCUCACCUAGCUCCAGCACCAGUGAGGAAACAACUACAUCUUCAGUCUACUCCAGCUCUUCCACAGACUCUCCAACUGACUCCAGCUCCUCUAUGGAAUCAACUACCUCUUCAAGGACGGACACAACCACUUCUUCAAGCUCUUCCACAUCAUCCUUGGAUUCGACCACUUCUCCAACUUACCUCACCUCAACUACCACUACUGAGGACUCCACCUCCUCUACUUACUCACACUCUUCCAUAGAAACCUCUUUAACUUCUACCAGCUCUUCUUCAGGCUACUCCUCAUCCAGCUCCUCUUUGGAGCCCAUCAGUUCUUCUACUAUCCCAAGCUCCUCUAUGGAUUCAACCAUGUCCUCCUUCCAAUCGACCACUUCUCCAACUGAUUCCUCUGUGGAUUCAAGUACUCCAGCUAGCUCCAGCACCAGUGAGGAAACCACCACGUCUUCAAUCUACCCCAGCUCUUCCACAGACUCUCCAACUUACAACACCUCCUCUAUGGAAUCGACCACCUCUUCAAGUACGGACACAACCUCUUCAGGCUACUCUUCAUCCAGCUCAUCUUUGGAGCCCACCAGUUCUACCUUGCCAAGCUCCUCUAUGGAUUCAACCACGCCCUACGUCCCACAACCAGUUCUCACACUGAUUCCUCUGUGGAUUCAACUACUCCAACUAGCUCCAGCACCAGUGAGGAAACAACCACCUCUUCUGUGGAUUCAACCACUUCACCUAGCUCCAGCACCAACUCUCCCGCUUAUACCACCUCCUCUAUGGAAUCAAGUACCUCUUCAAGUAUGGACACAACCACUUCUUCAACUUUUUCCACAUCAUCUUUGGAUUCCACCACUCCUCCAACUUACCUCACCUCAACUACCACCACUGAGGAAUCCAGCUCCUCUACUGACUCAAGUUCUUCCACAGGCUCAGAAACCUCUUCAACAUACACUAACCCUUCUUCAGGUUACUCCUCAUCCAGUCCUCCUCUUGGAGCCCACCAUUUCUUCUAGCUCCUCUGUGGAUUCAACCACCUCCUCCUUCCAAUCGACCACUUCUCCAACUGAUUCCUCUGUGGAUUCAACUACUUCACCUAGCUCCAGCACCAGUGAUGAAACAACUACAUCUCCAAUCUACUCCAGCUCUUCCACAGACUCUCCAACUUACUCCAGCUCCUCUAUGGAAUCAACUACCUCUUCAAGUACGGACACAACCCCUUCUUCAAGCUUUUCCACAUCAUCCUUGGAUUCCACCACUUCUCCAACUGACAUCACCUCAACUACCACCACUGAGGACUCCAGCUCCUCUACUUACUCAAGCUCUUCCGUGGGCUUAGAAACCUCUUCAACUUACACCAGCUCUUCUUCAGGCUACUCCUCGUCCAGCUCCUCUUUGGAGCCCACCAUUUCUUCUACUUUCCCAAGCUCCUCUAUGGAUUCAACCACGUCCCCCUUCCAAUCGACCACUUCUCCAACUGAUUCCUCUGUGGAUUCGACUACCUCACCAGGCUCCAGCACCACUGAGGAAACCACCACGUCUUCAAUCUACUUCAGCUCUUCCACAGACUCUCCAUCUUACCCUACCUCCUCUAUGGAAUCAACCACCUCGUCAAAUGCGGACACAACCACUUCUUCAAGUUUGUUCACAUCCUCCUUGGAGUCGACCACUUCUCCGACUGACAUCACCUCAACUACCACCACUGAGGACUCCACCUCGUCUACUUACUCGAGCUCUUCCAUAGAAACCUCUUCAACGUACACCAGCUCUUCUCCAGGCUACUCCUCAUCCAGCUCCUCUUUGGAGCCCACCAUUUCUUCUACUUUCCCAAGCUCCUCUAUGGAUUCAACCACAUCCUCCUUCCAAUCGACCACUUCUCCAACUGAUUCCUCUUUGGAUUCAACUACUUCUCCAACUUACCUCCCCUCAACUACCACCACUGACGAUUCCACCUCCUCUACUUACUCAAGCUCUCCCACAGAAACCUCUUCAACUUACACCAGCUCCUCUCUGGAGCCCACCAUUUCUUCUACUUUUCCAAGCUCCUCCAUGGAUUCAACCUUCCAGUCGACCACCUCUCCAACUGAUUCCUCUGUGGAUUCAACUGCCUCACCUAGCUCCAGCACCAGUGAGGAAACAACUACAUCUUCAGUCUACUCCAGCUCUUCCACAGACUCUCCAACUGACUCCAGCUCCUCUAUGGAAUCAACUACCUCUUCAAGGACGGACACAACCACUUCUUCAAGCUCUUCCACAUCAUCCUUGGAUUCGACCACUUCUCCAACUUACCUCACCUCAACUACCACUACUGAGGACUCCACCUCCUCUACUUACUCACACUCUUCCAUAGAAACCUCUUUAACUUCUACCAGCUCUUCUUCAGGCUACUCCUCAUCCAGCUCCUCUUUGGAGCCCAUCAGUUCUUCUACUAUCCCAAGCUCCUCUAUGGAUUCAACCAUGUCCUCCUUCCAAUCGACCACUUCUCCAACUGAUUCCUCUGUGGAUUCAAGUACUCCAGCUAGCUCCAGCACCAGUGAGGAAACCACCACGUCUUCAAUCUACCCCAGCUCUUCCACAGACUCUCCAACUUACAACACCUCCUCUAUGGAAUCGACCACCUCUUCAAGUACGGACACAACCUCUUCAGGCUACUCUUCAUCCAGCUCAUCUUUGGAGCCCCCAGUUCUACCUUGCCAAGCUCCUCUAUGGAUUCAACCACGCCCUACGUCCCCACAACCAGUUCUCACACUGAUUCCUCUGUGGAUUCAACUACUCCAACUAGCUCCAGCACCAGUGAGGAAACAACCACCUCUUCUGUGGAUUCAACCACUUCACCUAGCUCCAGCACCAGUGAGAUAA